UAUGUUCCUUGUGUUUUGAUCAUGUUGAAUCUUUUCAAUAUUCAGAUGCCGCCCCGUAGGGAACCCGAACAGCCAGCGGUCCCCCAGGCCACAGUGGUCGCACAGUUCCGCGACUACCACCCUGAGAAGUUCUCCGGCCAGGGAGAUCCGCGUAUUGUAGACGAGUGGAUUCAGGGCCUCGAAUUGAUUUUUGAG